AUGAUCAGCGCAUUCUUCAUCUACAAUCAGAAGGGCGAGGUCCUCAUCUCACGUCUCUAUCGCCAUGACCUCAAACGAUCCGUUGCAGAUAUAUUUCGUAUUCAAGUGAUAUCCAACACAGACGUGCGUUCACCUAUUAUCACUCUCGGUUCAACUUCGUUCUUUCACGUGCGCCAUGAGAAUCUCUAUAUUGUUGCAGUAACUCGUUGGAACGCCAAUGCCGCCCUCAUCUUUGAGUUUUGCUAUCGAGUCGUCAAUAUCGGUCUAAGCUACUUUGGCAAAUUCGACGAGGAGGCUGUCAAGAACAACUUUGUGCUUAUUUACGAGUUAUUGGAUGAGAUUCUCGAUUUUGGUUAUCCGCAAAACAGUGAAACAGAUACGUUGAAGAUGUAUAUCACCACAGAAGGUGUCAAGUCGGAGCGUGCAAUUGAGGAUUCGAGCAGGAUUACUAUCCAGGCAACGGGUGCUAUCUCAUGGAGACGUAGCGAUGUCAAGUAUAGAAAGAACGAGGCCUUCAUUGAUGUUAUCGAAAAUGUCAAUCUACUUAUGAGCAAUACUGGUACAAUCUUGCGAGCGGAUGUAGCUGGUCAAAUCUUGAUGCGAGCCUAUCUUUCUGGAACACCCGAAUGCAAAUUUGGUUUGAACGACAAGCUGCUUUUGGAUAAUGAUGUCGUGAAUCGGACAAAAGCUCCACGCACCAAUACGGUUGCCAUCGAUGAUUGCCAAUUUCACCAAUGCGUCAAGCUUGGAAAGUUUGAUACCGAUAGAACCAUCAGCUUUAUUCCUCCUGAUGGCGAAUUUGAGCUUAUGAGAUAUCGUUCUACCGAAAAUGUCAACUUGCCAUUCAAGGUUCAUCCCGUGGUGAAUGAAAUUGGAAAGACGCGAGUGGAAUACAUGAUCAAUGUCAAAGCGAAUUUCUCUCCCAAGUUGUAUGCCAACAAUGUCAUUUUGCGUAUUCCUACCCCAUUAAACUCGGCCAAGGUGGAGGUGAAGGUUGGAUCAGGUGGCAAGGCAAAGUAUGCACCUUCCGAGAAUUGCAUUAUUUGGAAGAUCCCUCGUUUCCAGGGCCAAGCAGAAUUCACCUUGAGCGGCGAAGCUGAAUUGACCGCCAUGACGCAUAAACGUGUAUGGUCGCGACCACCCAUCUCCAUGGAUUUCCAAGUGCUCAUGUUCACAUCCUCCGGAUUGUUGGUACGGUUCCUCAAAGUAUUUGAAAAGAGCGGCUAUCAAUCUGUCAAAUGGGUUCGAUAUAUGACAAAGGCAGGAUCCUAUCAGAUCAGGUUUUAA